AAGAGGAGCAGGGUGGCCUUUGCCACUGGGGCGGCCUGUGGCGCAGUGGCAGCUUGUGCAUGACCCCCGAGUGGGGGAAGCCGGGCUGUUGCCAUGGUGGCUUGUGUGAGGCGAAUUCCUCUAGCGUGAAGUGGGACAUAUUUAUACACAGGGACAUGGCCUAUCUCCAUCACACCUUGCUUGUCUGCAUGGGUCUCCUCGCCAUGGCCAAUGCAGAAGCGCCGCAGGAGCAGGAUCCAUUCACCUACGACUACCAGUCCCUGCGGAUCGGAGGCCUCAUCAUCGCCGGGAUCCUCUUCAUCCUGGGCAUCCUCAUCAUCCUCAGCAAGCGAUGCCGGUGCAAGUUCAACCAGCAGCAGAGGACCGGGGAGCCCGACGAAGAGGAGGGGACUUUCCGCAGCUCCAUCCGCCGUCUGUCCACUCGCAGGCGGUAAAGACACCUGGCGCCGCGGAACGAAGCCAGGUUCCCCCUGGCACCUGACACCUUGCACCCACCACCUGCGCGCCUACCAUCACCUCGGUUGCCCCCUCCCCAGCCCUGCCCAUCACCCCUACCCCCCACCCCCAUCCCUGGUACCGCCCAGACUUGCAAUAAAACGUGCUUCUCUCUC